AAUGACAGGCGUGCGGCGCUGGGGAUCGAGGUAGCCUGCCUGGUAGCGGCCUCGAGCGGAGUCUCGUCGUCUCCGGAGUCGCGGUACCCACCAAGGCGGCUUGACGGAGCUACACACACCUGCUGGUGCGCAUCGCCAGGCACGGCUGCGACGUCACGACGCUCUGACGACGGCCAUCGCGACGACGAGGGGCUGCCCUCGCAGCUUGACCCCACCGCAUCGACCUCCACCUCGACGUUGCAUCGACAACCUCAUCAGCAUCAGCAUCAGCAUCAACAUCAGCAUCAGCAUCACCAUCAUCAUCGCCAUCGACAUAGCCGCGACGAUGGAGAGCCGAGCGGACUCUGCCCGUCCUGUGGUCAAAGACGCCGCGAAGAGAUCUACUACACCAUCGAGGAUUUGGAUGCGAUCGAGGCAGCGCCUCUCGAGUCCCAACGAACGCCCACGUCGCAGAGGACCUGUAGCUGCGACACCGUCGACACUAUCAGCGGCGAAAGGGAACGCGGUGAUCUUCGCAAGUACCGCAGCACCGACUCUAGGUGGGUCGACAGCAGUUUCCUCUCUCCCGAGGACGCGAUCUGGGACCUGAGGAGGCGUACCAGCGAGGGAACGGAGUUUCGAUGGGCUCUACACACGUCCAGCACCGAUUUGGACCUGGUGAAGAAGACGAAAUGCAGCUGCCACAGUCUAACCCCGGAGGAGAAGAAGCCGCAGGACGUGCAACGAGGGGACCUGAGGAAACACCACAGCGCCGAAACGGACAAGUGGUCGAUCAAGCCGGACUACCUGCAGACACCGAUGCACGAUUUGAGGAAACACAGCAGCGACGACACCAGGAUGGCCAGAGAAGCCAGGUGGCUUCAGGUUCCGGAAGUGUUGCCCAACCCGAAGCCAAGAUGCACGUGUCCGAAAUCAAAAGUGUUGGCCCCUUCGCCACCGGCCGAACCGCCAGAACCGUCGCCGCCACCACCACCACCAACGCCACCACCAGUGGAACAGGUAGUAGAAAAACCUCCUGCGAUACUGGAGCCGGAGAGGAAGCUUUACUACUCCGCGUCGUUGGCCGUCGAACGACCGGAAGAACCGACCAUCGCACCUGUUCCAGAGAAACCGGAACUGAAGAAGCACGCCAGCGAGGACACAAGGCUAGUGAGAACCGAGAGAGUCCGGGAGAGACCGAAGCUGGAACGAUCUCACGCUAGAGUCGACAGUCAGAUGUCGAAGAAAUGGGGCGCCAAGGAGAAGGUGAUCAGCCCCGAGGAAGGGAAGAAACCUCGGCCAAAGUGGGCGAUGAAACCGCACUUCUCUUUGCCCGUCGAGAAGAAGGAUUCGAAAUGGAGGAGCCAAGACUCGACGGAGAGUUUCAAGAGCAAAAGCUUGAAGGAACGACCCAAGUACAGCAUCCGGAGGAGCAUGUCACCGGAACCGGAUCCACGUCAGAUAACGAAACUGGAGAACAGAAUCGUCCGACGAUUGAUAUCUCCGGAGAUCACCAUCAUGGACGCGAAAUGGGCUCCCUACGAGGACGCUUCUCCUUUGCCUACGAUCGGGAUCAAGAAACGUGAGCCAAAGCACAUCAGCGAGAUCAAGUGGUCCCCGUACGCGGAGGAAUCGCCAACGGACGGUGGUGGUGUCGGUGGUAGUUUCGCGGUUGAGGAACCGGAAGAGUCGAAAUCUUGGUCGCCGUUUCAUCACGUGACGCCUACUCAUCAUCCACCUCCAGAGGCGACACCCUGCCGAAGCGACGACGAAGAUUUUCGAUGGAGGAUUCUCAACCAGGUGUCAGCGUUCCCGAUCUAUCAAGGCGGCUGGAAGGACGAGUCACCCGAGAGGACACCGCCUAGAAAGCUACAAUCUCCGGUGGAUCUGUCUCCGCCGAUUUGGUCUCCUCAGGUUCCAGCUACUCCCGUGAAGAGGCAGAGAUCCCAGCAGCAGUACUCUCCGCCUCCGCCGGUACAACGGAAGAGCAUCGUUAAGGGUCGCGGCUUGUCGAAGAAGAAGGCUCUGAGAGCCAGGUCGGAGAGUCAUCAGGCGGGCGGGGAUGAUAGAUUGAUGCCGCCUACGGUGUUGGUUCGUGCUGCGAGCGAGGAGCCGAAGAGCCGUCAAAGGCCGCAGUUGAUGAGAUCGAAGGCUUUGUUAGAGGUCCCUGUGCCGAUGGGUAUUACGAAGAGGUCGUUAAGCGAGGAAGUGCCCCGUGCGCGAGGCCGUGAACGGCCACGUGCUCCUAAUAGAGCUCGCAGCGAGGAGGCACCCAAGUAUGAAGACCCAUGGUUCGCUAACGACAGCCUGCCAGUUGAGAGGACCGAGUUGCGGGAAUACGUGACGACGGUUUAAGUGGGGAAACUGGAACAGAAGUUUGACGGUACUCGAAAUCGAGCCAAGGUAUUUUAGAAUUCAUUUGCGCCGCACCCUCGCCAGUAGAGGGUUCUAGUUAGCUCGCUUAGCUGUUUUCUACGGACAUACGAACCGAUCAGGUGUGUACAUUAAACAGAUUUCCUGCAACUGCGAUCAUUAUUUUUCGUCUCUGAGCCGCAUUCGCCUUUUUUAAAUUGCACCAUCGACGCGCGAUGAGAUGGUGGUCGUUCAGAAUCGUAGAGAAACCGUGAUUCAUGAGAGCGAACCAAGGUAGACGGCUAGAGGUUCGAGUCGCGACGAUCAUACACUUCGUUGGCCUACGAAACGAAGAUUACAAAAUCGAAGGAGCAACUAUAAUUAGUCGAGGAGUCAACGAUUCUUUCUAUAAAAGAAAAUAAGAAACGAUAAAAUCGAGGGGCUAGGGGUCAAGGACUGAUUAAUAUCGAGUUCGCGUGGCGUAGCUGAAGGGUUUCGAACGAUAACGACAACCCCUUCAGCUUAUUAAAACGAACAAUUUUCAGCUCGAAACUGAACUUUUCAUCGGCAACACUGAGCACCGAAAAGUACAGCUCGACGCGGUUGUCCAGUCUGUGACGACCAAAUGACAGUUCACGUAGGGUGUUUAAGCGAUAACGAUAGCGAAUAACGUAAUUAACACAGUCGAGCGUAAUCUUCGAUUUAAAAAGAAAAAAAAAUAUGAAACCGCAUUAAUAAUACGAGCUUAGGUGUUUAAGCAUAGCUGAUACAAAUAUCGAAUAAAUCGUGCGGUUUUCGUGUUGCUGAAAUCAAAGUUAUCGUAUCGAAAACGGAAAGGAAAAUGAAACCAAAAACGAACAACUCGAUUCGAGUACACCAUGGUGUAAUACUUCUAAAAAAUAAAAAAAAAUGGGACGUUGGAAAUAAACCAAAGUUCGUUCGGUGAGUCGUCGGUGCUCGACGAGGACACCUUUGUUACAUAUUCCUUUCUUUUGCUAUAUAUAAUACAAUAAAAAAUGGAUCCCUCGUGAUCCGUAGAUCGUUAGCGAAUCUCGUGCAUACGCAUAAUUAAGUUCUAAUGUGAAAAAAAAAGAAAACAAAAAACAAAAGGGGGUCGCUAAUAUGGCGGCUGAGGUAAACGACAUUUAGCAGCCCUCGUGUGCCGGCGCGUGCAAUAUUAAUUAGGAUUAUACAUUUACCAGUUCAUUGAAUAUCCAGUUAAGGAUGGGGUACUAAGUAUUAAGCGAAACAACGCGAUCAUCUUGUAAAGUUUAACCUUAUCGACGGCUGCACUUUACUUUACCCCAACUGUUCGCCAUUUUAGUUGCCAUUACGCCUGCGAUUCGAUACGUUUUUUGCAGAAAACGCGAUCCCUCCAGGAUUUUCGAGUACUGUAUACAUACACGCAUAUAUAUAUAUUAUUAUAAAUAUAUGCUCUCUAUACACGCGUCUGCCGGUCUCUUGCCGGCUUCUUCAGCCACGAUCGUUUUAGAUUUUUGAUAUUCGAUUGCAAGGUGAUUCGGAUGUGUUUCUCUGGAGACGGAGGAAGCCUCGAUUGAAAGUGUAUUUUGUAUUUCGAUUUGAAUUCCGAUCAUCCACCGACAAACCAGUGCUUCGAACAAUACAACUUAGGCUUCUCUUUGUUAACACGUUUAAUUUUUAGGGUCAUCACAAAUUCUUUAUAAUUAUUUGACAAUUAACCAACCGUAUCAUUAAUAAAUAUACUUGUUCAUUUCUAUUGGGAUGGUUAAUGCGUUUAAUUGGAAAAGUAAAAUGAUCGUGUUUGAUUAAUUACAAUUACGUUACGUCUGACACGAAUCUUGGGUUAAAGGAGUUAAUUAGGAAAAGCCUAAGUGAUUUACCCUCGCGAGACGCGUGUUAUUCAUGCGUUGCAAAUACAUUCGAGCAUCGUCUUACACAGUCAGAUUUUGUACAUAUUUUUAAUAAUGUGUGAUAGCUGUAAUUGUACACCACGGUGGCAGACUAAUGAAAGGAAACAAAAAGAAACGAGGAUGAUGAAGUUUUCUAAAUAUUCGGGUCUUCCUCCCGUUCAGUUCAGGUCCGGUCGUUCUUAAUAUUCUUUAUUUCUUCGUUCAGCCGUUCGUUUCCCUCGCGGUUUCUCGAUGUCGUCUCGUGUUAAGAAAGAACCCCUUGCGAAUACACUUCCGGUGCCGAAGAGGCCGUAUCAUUGUCGCGGGUUAUCGAAACAAACGAAAUGAAAAAAAAAAAAAACCAUUCCCGUGACUGACACGCGUUACAAUCGGCCGUUCGAAUAAAAAUCGAAGCUUUCAGCUCGAGAACGGAAGCUGAGGCAUUCCGAAACUUCCGUUUACCUCGGGAUCGAACGACUCUUUCUGUUCGUGCGGCUCGAUAUGCUGUCGUCACAAAAGAAAAAGAAAAAGUUACAAAAAAAAGAGAAAAAUUAAAAGAGAGAAACUCACAGAGAUAGAAAUUAUUUUCUAAAGAAAAUGCGUGAAACAGGAGAGAAAGGGAACGAAUGAGAGUGAGAUUUAGAGCGAAAGGAUGAUAGAAUUAUUUAAGAAAAGGGGGUGAAAUAUCGACGACGAGCUUGCGCAAGAGUCGUGCGAGGUGCGAAAGAAGAUCAACCAAAAAAAAAAAGAUGAAAGUGAGCAAAAAAAAAAAUACCAAAAAAAGAAAAAUUCCUUGCUUUCUCCGGCGAGAUCUCGUGCUAGCGAAUUUUUUCUAUAAAACUGCGUGUGUUUUAAACGAGGACGAACAAACCAAAAUGAGAUGCAACAAGCAUAAAAGAGAGAUUACCAAGAAACAAAGAGAAAAAAAAAAAUGAAAAAAAUAUGUAUCUAACUGCGCGCCUGAUUUCACCCGUAUUGCAUAGCGUACGAGAAAUUCUCACUUAGGUAUUUGUAAGUACCAUUAAGAAAGAAAGCUGUAUGUGAGAGAGAAAGAGGGGAUGAGGGGAGGGGGAGAGCCAGCCUGCAAAUAUUAAACGCCAUUAGUUGCCAUUCAAUCGUGAAUAUAUUUAAUUAGUUGGCGAUUAUUCGUGGCUAGCGAUCUGUCUUUCUUUCUACGUUUGAUCUCGAGAAAACUAAGCGCACGCCACUUUACUUCUUCGUUCCCAGUUUAGGAUUAUUCUAGCAGUAAAUCGUUAGCGAAUAGAGCUGCUUCGAAGGCUCCAUAUUUUACUAAUUAUAUACACAACAGAAACACACGCAAUCGUUCUAGUCACGUAUGUGUACACGCAUGAUAUCGAGCCCUCCCAGCGUACACUUUCAUCAUUUUAUCUGUUCGUCAAUCGCUUUAUUAUUAUCAACGACGUCUAAUAAUUAAGCAGGCUGAUUGUUAGUCGAUUAUUCUAGGUAAUAGAUGAAUCACCCUUACGAGAACAAGGCUGUCAUUGCAUUUAUCGCUCUCUAGUUGCACACGCUGUAUUAGUACUGAUAUUUAGAGAUCCUCCCGAUCGGUAUUUCUCGAGAUCAGACGUUCAAUAACGCGUUUACGAAUCGCGAUGCAUAUAACAUUGUUAAAAUAGUGAUUUUCGCAUUGUUUUAAUCGAAUGGCGUUAACGUGUUCAAAUUUCAGGACGAUGAAACAAACGGAGAUGAAGAAAAGCCACGCCACUGUUAUAAUUAAAACGUACUAAUAAAUAAAAGCGCUGCAUAGCGAUUCGUUUAUUCUCGAAGUAAAGAUAGUACAUAUAAUAGGUUCUUUCCUUCGUAGUGCAUACAAUAAUUAAUUCUGGCGUACUCAUUGCGUACUGUACGAUAUUAAUAAAUAGAGUAACGUAUUUAAUUGAGCGAUCAACAUCCGGUGAACGACGGUCUUAACGGAUGCCGUGCGCAGGGGAGUCUUUAAGCGUGCGUUAUUCAAAGUGAUUUGGAAAAAGAAAAAUAUAUAAACAUUAUUUCGGCAGGGAUGAAGAAGAAAGAACUCGGCCACGUUAAGAUGCUGUACGGUGUAAAACAAAAAACAUUGUAUUUGUGCUGCCAUUAGCGUUAAACGAAUGAACGGAAGAUGAAAAGCAAGAAAAAUGGGAAAACAAAUUAAGAGGAAGCCAAAGUAUUAUAGUUAAUGAAAACACCCGGGUAAUAACACGUACACACACAUACAAUUAAUUACGCUCUGUAUACACACGCGUGGGAAUGAAACAAAUGGACACGCGUACAUACACGUUUACAUAUAUAAAUAUACAUACAUAUGUUGUACGAUACAUACAGGUUACACAUACCCGAUGAUGUAAUUAAUAAGUACUUUAAUCCCGAGAAAACAAUUCGUUUCACGGUACGAGAAUGAUUUUUAGGAGCCUUCGUGUUGAAUAAUUAGCAGUCUCAUUCCAUGUAUCGUAUAAUCGAGAGAUCGAGUGACCGUGAUCAGUACGUACAUAUAAUAGCGAUUAAAAUCAUUAAAUGAAAUAAAAGAACAAAAAAAAAAAGAAACCAUAUGCGAAAUGAAAAAUGAACCUGUUCAAAAUAAGGGUUCGUAGUGUGUACUGUAUUCGAAUGUGAUGAAUAUUUGUUAUAAUUACGUCCCUGAUUAUUGUUACGUUGUGCUUUUUAUUAUUGCUGAUCUAUUAUUACUAUUACUAUUGUCUAUGUUUUAUUACGAUUCCUACGGAGAAGUAUUAUUACCAUUCGAGAGUAUUAUAAGCAUUAUUAUUGAAUAUUUGUUCAUUACCAUUGCUAUUUAUUAUUAUUACGCGAAAAAGAGAUCGACCACCGAUUUUAUUUCUAGUACAAUUUCUCUAGUCCCAAUUUAGAGUACUGUCGAUACUCAGUCUCCCCCGUCCCCGAUGUAUUUGAUUUUUUGUCAAAUAAAUCCGAAAGAAAGGAUGCCACGCGUUGCAGGACACGUAGUUCUUGCUGUAAUAGAGUGAUGCAUUACCUGUGCAACAAAUGCAGUAUACAACCCAUAAAUAUGAGGUCAAUGUUGAUUUGUUUAAAUAAAUGUAAGUUUGAAAAUCCACAAUCAUUGUUUAAUCCCGUUCCUCUUCCUUACUGGUUCUCGAGUCGCCAAAAACCAUUAUCAGAGAUAUUUCCUUUUGCAAAAUGGAACUUAUUUACAAAAUUUAGUUUGAAUCAGAACAUGAUUAACUGCAAAUUUAAAUCGCCCACAAAAAGAAGUGUCAAGUUCGAUCAUUUUGUAUUCUAUUUGAAAACGGCGGAAAUUAAUCGACAAUUUAUCGACCAGUUUUCAAACCAGUUGCGCCAACUAUUCAAAACACAAUGGAAGUCACCAACACUAGUUACCGACUGCAGGCGUGAAACACCAUCAGUCUUAUAGCGACCGCCGAGCGGUGCAGAUCUACCUGCUCAUAUACCCAUAUUUUAUUUUCUGCGUUAUUCCUUACAUCCUUGCAUUAUUUACAUCCCAGCAUUCCUUACGUCACUGCAUCCUUUACAUCCCUGCCUUUUUUAUAUCAGUGCAUCCUUUACAUUUCUACCACCCUUACACCCCUGCAUUCCUUACAUCCUUGCAUUAUAUACAUCCCAGCAUUCCUUUACGUCACUGCAUCCUUUACAUCUCUGCCUUUUUUAUAUUAGUGAAUCCUUUACAUUUCCAUCGCCCUUACACCCCUGCAUUCCUUACAUCCUUGCAUUAUUUACAUCCCAGCAUUCCUUACGUCACUGCAUCCUUACUUCUCUACAUCCCUUACAUCACUUCAUGCCUUACA